GUUUAUAAAUAUAAAUAUCGAAGGCAAAGAAAAAUCCUGUGCCGCCGGCUUGUCCAACUCCGUUUCAGAUCUAUCGCUCAACUCGUACCCGUCGAUCUCAGAAAAUGGCUUUAGGUGGAACAGCUCCCCCCAGAGGAAGCGCCGCUGCCACUGCAAGUAUGCGCAGGAGGAGAACUACUGGUGGAGGAGCUUCGGGAGGGGCAGCUGGAACUAUGCUUCAAUUUUACACAGAUGAUGCACCAGGACUUAAGAUUUCCCCAAAUGUGGUUCUUGUAAUGAGCAUUGGCUUCAUAGCUUUUGUUGCCAUCCUUCAUGUGAUGGGUAAACUGUAUUUUGUGCGCAGAGAGGCUUGAGGCUUAGCAGAGCAGAGUAUUUAAAGUUUAUGUAUUCUUAAUUUUUCAUUUUAGAUACAAAAUAUUUUAUGUUAAAUGAUAAAAGUUGGAUUUUUAGGCUUGGAUCUUUCCUUUCUUUUCCUAAUCAUGUUUUUUUGUGUUGGGCAAUGUAUUUCUUUUCUCGUAUUCUUUGUUUUUAAUCUUAAUAGCUUUGGUUGAUAGGAGAAUUCGAUGCCAGUUGGAAAUCAUAUUUCAGUGAAAUGUUGUGUUUCUACAAUAAGAAGCUUGCAUGUAGCUUUAGCUGCA